CGACGUCUAGCAAUCAAAAAAAAAAAAAAAAAAGUUAGAACAGAUAAUAAUGAGUGGAGCCUUCAUCAGAGCAGCAGCACGGAUCAACUAUAGAGCCAAUUCAAAGGGCCUAUUAUUAUUGACUCCAUCCAGAAGCAGUGCUGUUGAAUUUUUGAUCUGGCAACCACAGGUUUCGGCCCGCUAUCAUGCUCCAACAUUAAGCCAGUUUUGUCGACCCGCUUUCUAUAGUACCUCCAGCCCAGAACCCGCUAAGGAUAAGAAAGCGACAGGUUAUGUUCACCCUGCACCUGCACCUCUAUCUGAUCUCACUAAACCAAUCAGCGCGGGCACUGUUGGAUCAGUCGAUCCUGAGAACAGUCUCAGCAUUACAGCUACGCCUCCAUCACCAGCUUCUACAGGGAUCUCUGGAAAAGCCAAAGAUUUCUUCCGCAAGGGCAAGGAAAUUGUAAUUCAGUGCAAGGAUGGCGUUAAACUCUUAUGGGUCAACAAAAAGAUUGUCAAGGAUCUCAAACAAGCACAAAGAGAGGAGGGCCAUCAACUGACACGCCGUGAGUUUCAACUGAUCCACAAAACUGACGCCGACAUCAAGCGGCUGAUUCCAUUCGGUUUAAUAUUUGUUUUGGCAACUGAGUACAUCCCCUUGAUUAUCAUCUUUGCUCCUCAGUUAAUCCCUUCGACAUGUAUUACUCCCUCACAGCUGGAAGGACGUCGUAAAAAGAUUCACGAAAAGCGAAGUGCUAUGACUGAGAAGCUGAUUCUUUUGAACCGUCGUGAGAUCAAUAAGGAAGCUCUCGCAAGUUACAACUCCUUUUUAACCGUGGCCAAGAAGUAUGGUGAUGCAUUUGAGUACAGCAUGAUUGAUCGGGCACACUUGGCUUCAUUCUGCAGAUUCAUGGGAUUGAGUGGCUUCGGACCUAGCUUCAUGCUACGUAAACGAUUGGACAAGUAUAUGGGAUAUAUCAAGCAGGAUGAUCUUUUACUUCAAAAGGAAGGAAUCGAUUCUUUAACGUUUUCUGAGUUGCAGUUAGCAAACGAGGAACGAGGUAUGCGGUCAUUAGGGGUCAGUAAGGAGCAUCUAGAGAAGUCACUCACAUACUGGCUGAAGAUUAACCUGAACAAGGAUGUGGAGGUUCCGCCUGCAUUGAUGGUCUUUAGUAGGAUGUUUUUAUUACACUCCACGUUUAAAUCAGACUCUGCUGUUAGUAAGCCAUAAUCCGUUUACAUAUUCACGAUAUAGACGAUCCUUUUUUUAAAUAAAAAGUUGGAGAAUGAAGGAUGGAAU